CAGCACACACCGGGUCAAUCUAGCCAGUGCUGCUUUGCCGUUCUCACGCCCCGGGCUGCAGACAGCUAGGAGGCUUUCUCUAGUUUGAACCAGGCUGCGGCUGCUCCCUCCCGCUCGCUCUCUCUCUCUUUUUUUUUUUUUCCACGAGGGUGUUUUUGGCUGCAAUUGCAUGAAAUCCCAAUGGUGUAGACCAGUGGCGAUGGAUCUAGGAGUUUACCAACUGAGACAUUUUUCAAUUUCUUUCUUGUCGUCUUUGCUGGGAACUGAAAACGCUUCUGUGAGACUUGACAAUAGCUCUGGUGCAAGUGUGGUAGCUAUCGACAACAAAAUCGAGCAAGCUAUGGAUCUGGUGAAAAGCCAUUUGAUGUAUGCAGUUAGAGAGGAAGUGGAGGUUCUGAAGGAACAGAUCAAAGAACUAAUAGAGAAAAACUCCCAGCUGGAGCAGGAGAACAAUCUGUUGAAGACACUGGCCAGUCCGGAGCAGCUCGCCCAGUUUCAGGCCCAGCUGCAGACUGGCUCCCCUCCGGCCACCACGCAGCCACAGGGGACCACACAACCCCCUGCACAGCCAGCAUCCCAGGGCUCAGGAUCAACCGCAUAGCCUGCUAUGCCCCCACAGAACUGGCUGCUGCUGUCUGAACUGAACAGGCCGAAGAGAUGAGCUAGCGAGAGACCACCUCCACAGUCACCCAUUUCAUUGCCGUCUACAAAAGAGACGUGAGACUCACACAUGCCAUUCUCGCUUUUCCCCCCAGUAUUAAGCACUCAUAUGCUUUUGGCUUGAAGAAAUGUACUAGUUGAAUGAAUUAAAGGUUAAUCAGAGAAUGAGCAUGGAUGUGCCCUGUGCAGCUUGGCAGAUGUCUGAGGAAUGGUUUGUUUGAUACUGAGGACCUGUGUGCCUUUUCAGCCCUUCCCAGCCACCCACCCUGCUUCCACGAGCUCUGGAGCUUGCCUGCAUGCGGCUCAGAAGGUGGGCUGCUCCUGGAUCUGUGCUCUCCUCUCCUUCCCUUCAAGGAACUUGAGAGGCCAAAAACAAGACUGCAAUGAGGGAUGGGGGCGGGGGGGGUUCAGUCAUUUCACAGACUGACAACUGUCACCAAAGUUUAUGAAACACAGUGGUACUUACUGUCCCUCUUUUCGCAGACACAAAGCUAUUAGUGACAAAACGGUGACAGGUAGCUUGGGACCUAGGCUAUCUCAUUAUGAAGGUUGUUUUGCUUAUUGUAUAUUUGUGUAUGUAGUGUAACGAACUUGUACAAUAGAGGACCGUAACUACUGUUUAGGUUGUACAGAUUGAAAUUUAGAUGUUACAUUGGCUGUCUGAAAAAGUGUAGACUGUCCUCUAUAGAGAGAGACCUACCUUAAAACUGUUUUAUGACAAAUGCCACACCCGAAGAAAUGUUAAAGGAUUUGGCACAGUUAGUGUAAUCUGAAAUCUAGCUGCUGAAUCUCAAGGUAAAGCCCUGUUCGCCGAUGCGGUCUUCUCGGUUGAGCUGGUUGAAUACUUGGAGAAAUGGUCAGUUACUAAGGAAAUUGAUUUCCCAGUAGGGGUUUCUGCAUAUCACCUGUACGGUAGUUCUGUGCAUACGUUUCUGUGCAUGUUCUCUACACAGUUAUCACUGUAUUUAACUGUUGUCCUUGUCACCUUUCAAUAAAGCAUAUAAAGCGUUGAUAAACAA